UCGAGAGUCAAUCCGCCUGAGAGCUGAGUGAGCCCCCGACCGGUGAGUGAGCCCUGAGUGAGAGCUGAGUGUGCACUGACAGCUUUUGUCAUGGCUCAGUUUGUGUUUGAAAGCGAUUUAAACAAUAUAUUGAAGCUUGAUACCCCAAUCACGAACGCUCCUCUAGCACGAUGGCAACGCAAAGCAAAGGAGGGCAGCUGCUCAUCUGCCAACACAUCCGCGAACGCGAGCAUGGUCUCUCCAAUGAAAGCCUCAAACCGGUCACACAGCACAAGCAAGACCCCAUCCAAAACACCAGGCAAAUCUGGCCCAAAGACACAGAAUACGCCUUCCAGGGCGGGUGGCGACAGGUUUAUUCCAAACCGCAGCACAAUGCAGAUGGACGUUGCCAGCUUCCUCCUCAGCAAAGAAAACGAGCCUGUGGAUAAUUCACCUUCCAAAAAGGAGCAGCAGAAGGCAUGGGCAAUGAACAUCAAUGGCUAUGAUAUGGAAGAAGCAAAGAUUCUGAGGCUUGGUGGGAAACCGCAGAACGCCCCUGAAGGAUACCAGAAUAACCUCAAAGUACUGUACAGUCAGAAAACAACCCCAGGGUCCUGUAAGAAGACAGGCCGGUACAUCCCUUCCAUGCCAGACAGAGUCCUCGAUGCGCCGGACAUCAGGAACGAUUACUAUCUGAAUCUGAUUGACUGGAGUUCACAGAAUGUCCUAGCGGUUGCAUUGCAUGACUCUGUGUAUCUCUGGAACCACACUUCAGGGGAUAUAAUACUGUUAAUGCAAAUGGAACAGCCAGUAGACUACAUCUCCUCUGUCUCCUGGAUCAAGGAAGGAAACUACCUAGCAGUGGGGACCAGCACUGCUGAAGUGCAGCUCUGGGACGUUCAGCAGCAGAAACGUUUGCGUAAUAUGACCAGCCAUGCAUCCCGUGUUGGAGCUCUGAGUUGGAACAGUCACAUUCUUUCCAGUGGUUCUCGAACAGGACUCAUUCACCAUCACGAUGUGAGAAUAGCACAACACCAUGUGGUCACGCUGUCAGGACACACACAGGAAGUAUGUGGUCUCAAAUGGUCCCCCGAUGGUAGAUACUUGGCCAGUGGUGGGAAUGACAACUUGGUCAAUGUAUGGCCUAGUGUUCAGGGAGACUCGGCAGAGUGUACUCCAGUACAAACCUUCACUCAACACCAAGGGGCUGUUAAGGCAGUGGCAUGGUGCCCAUGGCAGACAAAUGUUUUGGCGACAGGAGGAGGGACAAGUGACAGACACCUUCGUAUCUGGAAUGUUUGCUCUGGAACCUGCUUAAACUCUGUAGAUACUCACUCCCAGGUGUGUUCCGUACUGUGGUCCACAAACUACAAAGAAUUGAUCUCUGGCCAUGGCUUUGCACAGAAUCAACUUGUGAUCUGGAAAUAUCCCAGUAUGACAAGAGUCAGCGAGCUUAAAGGUCACACUUCCCGGGUGCUUAACCUAGCAAUCAGUCCUGAUGGCAGCACAGUGGCAUCUGCAGCUGGCGAUGAAACCCUGAGACUGUGGAAAUGUUUUGAAAUGGAUCCUGUCGCCAAGAAAGAAAAGGAAAAGGCACGUACCAGCAAGAGCCUCAUUCACCAGAGUAUCCGAUAGGAUGGAGUGAGAAAUCUAUUCCUCCUUUUAACUCACCGCAUCAUAUGUAUGUUCUGUAAAUUUCAAAUAAAAUUUUGUAUUAAUUUUUUUUUGUAUGGCUGACAUUGUUUUAAACAAACAUGGGCUUUACACGGCCCAUUCAAGAACUGCUUUUUUGUUUUUGAUUUUUUUUAAUCUAACAUUUUAACCAAUGUGUUAAAUAUCUGACUUUCUGCAGUUUUCUUGCACGGCCUGGUGAUUCCACUUUACACGGGUUUGUGUGCAGUUAUCACUUGUUUACUGCACUGGAAGAGUUACUUUUAUGAUAUCUUGGUACCUGGAAUCUGGGUAUCUAGUGCAUCACCUUUGUUACUGGCUUAUGCCCCUAACUUUCUCCUGGGUACUGGUGGCAAUCUUGGCACUUAUAUCUGUGAAUAACCCUUUCUAAACCAUGCUAAGCAUCAUGGAAAACGUAGUUUACAACAUAUGCAGUGUCAGGAGUAGCUAUCUUUGCUUCUUAGGCUUAUAGUAGCCAGUCUCUCACUUCCUUCUGAUCUUGCAGGAUUUUAUUUCUAUGUUGCACACCAUGUUUGCACUAUAUAGAUUCCUGGUCUUUGUACCUUGCACCUUUUUGGUAUAAGCAUUUUCCUCCUUU